UUUUAUUUUUUUUCCGUCGACGAUGGCGACCGGGCGACCAAGGUACGAUCGGCCUGACGCGCGCCCCAAUCAUCCAGGGUGCUCAACUUUCCUAUUUGACCGAAUUCAACAACCACUCCGAGCGAAAACUGGGAGGAUUUCAAGAUGAGGGCGAAACGAUCCAAGCAAUAUCGCAAGCUCAUGAAGGAGUAUUGCCGCGUGUGGAACUUUAGGGAACCAUACCAGGUGUUGGUGGACGCCGACAUCGUCAAAGAUGCCAGCCGCUUCAAAAUGGACCUCGUUCCGGCACUCGAGAGGACGUUGCAUGGAAAGGUCAAGCCUAUGAUCACACAAUGCUCCAUGCGGCAUCUCUAUGCACUACAGGGAACAGAGCCUUCAAUAAAGGGCGUAAUCGACUACGCAAAGGAAACGUUUGAACGACGACGAUGCGGUCACCACCCGGACGAAACCGAUGCGCUGUCAACGUUGGAGUGCAUGUCAUCAUUCAUCACCGAUUCCGGCAAGAGCGCGCGCAACCGUUACGUAGUUGCAAGCCAGGACGACAAUGUGCGGAGGUAUAUGAGGGGCAUCAAGGGUGUGCCGUUGAUAUACAUCUCGAGGAGCGUCAUGAUCUUGGAGCCCAUGGCAGACUCGAGUGCAGCCGUCGUGGCCAAGGAGGAGCGAGCCAAAUUCAGGUCAGGGAUCCAAUCCCUAGCCUCUACCGGGUCCAAGAGAAAGCGAGGUGAUGACGACGGUGGCGCCAGCGGUGACCAUAGCGACAGCGACGAUGAUGAAUCAGAAGGAGAUGAGGAUGAUGAAGAAGACGGCAGGAAUGGGACUGCCGACGGCACGUCGCCGGCAAAGAAGAAAAAGAAGAAUUAUGGACCCAAGGGGCCCAAUCCAUUGGCGGCUAAGAAAAAGAAGAAGAAACCCCAACCAGGGAGUGGCACAAAGCCCAAGGAGGCUGAUUCAAGCGCAUCGUCAGAGCAGCCAGCCAAGAAAAAGCGGAAGCGAAGACCGAAAAAAUCGACUGCGGCCCCGGCUGACGUUCCUGGAACGUCUGCCAGCGCCCCAGGGGCGGCGGAAGCGGUAUCAGCAGAGGAUUAGAUUGAAGAUGGCGGAAGCUUUGACACGAACUAGAAUGUCGCCCGUCUGCUAUCGUCGAAAGAUUCGGUCCUUGGAUAUUUUACCUACUCUGGCGUUUUGCCAUUAUGCUGACCCCUCCCUUGAAAUCGUGCAUAAACUUCCAGAAGCCAUCCCCCGGAUCGAUCUGAUGCAAGACGACACAGGGACAUCAGAUUGCCUGGGCGUCAGGAACCAAAGACUGCUGAUCGCGUUACUAAUGGGGACGAUCGCCAAGCGUUCUGCUCAUGGCGGUAAUGCGAACUACUUGUCACAACCUAAAAAAUAAUUCAACACGGCGAGGUUGUGGUUUGAGGUGAAGUUCACGGCUGGUGCAUUUUAUGUCAGGGAGAACAUGAGGUGAAGCGUUCCUAAAAUCUGUGCACAAAAGCCCGUAACCCUGAUGCGCUUGUCAAAAAAGGGACACGGACGGUGCCAAUCAAUGGAUUCGACGGACUUGGCCUCGGCUCGCUGUAUCCGACGCAACGAAGGCGCACUAGCAAAUAGCUAGCAAAUAGUUGAGACGAUGUAUGAAGGGACCUCUCUCUUGGGAGGGAGAUUGUCGAGUCUAGGUGGACGGAUAGGUUGGGGUUUUUGGGACACGUCUCUUCUCAUAAAACGCAGGUUAUGCGUUUGUUUGUACAACGGCGAUUGGGAUGGUCUAGACCACUACUACAAAGUAGGGAAAAACAUAUGCUCUAGCAAGAAACUAGAACUAAUAUCUAAUACCUCCCUGCCCAGAACAGUCAGUGCCUAGGUCUAGAUUUCUAUCUGGUCAGAAAGAAAUACAGGGGUAUCCGAUCAUCGUCUCUUGUUUAUGCGUCUGAGGUAAUUACCCGAUGAUGCAAGAACUCACGUCGGGAAAUUGACGAAGGGCUUUUUUGCUGGCCUCCCAUGUCUUAGGGGUACUAUGUACCAAACAAGGG